UUGGGAUCCGGUUUCGCUCUCAAAGUCCAACAGCAGCAGCGCCAGAAGCACAUGAUCAGGCGACGAGUUCCAGCGGCGAAUCUUAUCCAAUGCUUAUGGAGGUGCUACGCCGCAGAUGAGAAUUCCAUGUCCGUCGCAACCUGGAAGAUCCACCAGUUGCCCUUACCUAGUCCUCCUGCCUUCCAUUCCGGUUCGUUCACGAGCAUUAAGCUCAAAGACAGGCUCGAUCUUCCACAAGGCACCUCAAGCCUGUUUAAGCACAACACAUCGUUUGUCAGUCGUCUGUCCACCAUACGGAGGCAUACUAAGUCUCAAUGUACUCCUUCGCAUGGCCAUCCACCCCUCAGUAGGGGGCGUUACGACUCCACCGCCUCCACGGACUUCAUGGGAGCAUCGAAAGCGACAGCUGGUGGUACGAGUAGCAAUUACGUGGAAGAUGGCGCCGGAAAGGAUGUCUCAGACACUUCGAAGAGGAAUUCUGAUGAAUGCAUUGUGGACUGCAGUGAUGCCCCGACCACGCCCAAAGGCCUGUGCAACAUGCUGCAGAAAGAAUUCAGCUGCCCGCCGUAUGUGGCGCUGUCGCCAGCCUUUCUGUCCUCCGAACAAACAUCUCCAGGUUGGCGGCUCAAGACGUGGAAGCUUCUGCGUUAAUCUGUUCAGCAGGGUCCGAAAGGACAGCCCUUCCUCCUGCGAUGAAGAUACGGAGGAACCAAGACUUGCUGUGCUAACCAAACAGCAUAAGAAUGCCAUUCGUGCUUUGAGAAAAAUAAAAUAUUUCGUUGCCAGACGCAAGUUCAAAGAAGCCCUAAAGCCUUAUGAUGUCAAAGAUGUGAUAGAACAGUACUCGGCAGGCCAUGUUGACCUUCUAAGUCGAGUCAAAAAUUUACAGAACAGGUUAGAUACUAUUUUAGGUAAAGCCGGGUCCAAAUCCAUAGAUGUGUACGAGUCGAAAAUUAGCUUAGCUUCGAGAAUAGUGAAAGUAGAAAGAACUGUAGAAGAUAUCGAAAGCAAAGUGGACCAACUUAUGGAGAUGUACGUGGAGGAUCGUCACCGAAUGUCGAAUAUCAUCGCCUCUUUCGCUUCAUCAUCGUCACCACCUCCGCCAACUGCACCUUCUUCCGCACCUCCUGUUGCGGGGCCGUCAACGUCCUCCUCUUCCCAACUUUUGGACUCUCCUCAUGGUCCCACCAAGCACCCCCACCAUCACCACCAUCUCCAAAAGAGCCCGAAAUCCAUCCUUAUGGAUAAUAAGCAAUUUAGUGAGCCAACAACACCGGUGGCUAAGAACUUUGAACGCACCAUUCAUAGAGGGAAUUCGGACUUGAGCCAGAGGUGUCACAAAAAGAAGAGAGUCACAGUCCGGCACUCUCUGGAAGGGGGAUCGCCUUCUCUUUUGACGGCACCUCGCAUCGAGAUCGAAACAGAUAGGAAAGUUAAGAACAGUGCUAUGUCCUAUUCUGCCGAUUCGGUGGAUCCUGCAUCUUCUGAGACGGCCAGCACCUUGGGAACAGAACUAGAUAGUCUGGAGGCCAGCGAACAAGAUCUUUGUCUAGAUGCAGAGCCUAAGGUGCGGCAUGAUUCGGACACAGAGGUGAGCACGGUCACGGUGGUGCUGAAAGAGACGCCUUCUUUGAUGAGGCCGUCGUUACAGAACUUGAGAACCUAAUGUCCAGCGCAUCGUUUUCAAUCCCUUCCAUGGAACACACACGCGCGCAUCUUUUGCACACACACGUCAACAAACUUAAGACUCGCAUUUCUCUUCGUUCCAUUUUUUCCUGGAUAACUUUCCAAUGUUAUAUAUUGGUAUUAUAUAUUAUAAUAUAACAGGUGCAAUUUCAUGUGAUAGUUUUGAAAUAUAUUUCAUCUGCUCCA